AUGUCGAAUAUUCAAUAUGAAUAUGUUGAUGAGUCAUCGAUUGAUGAAAACUAUAAAUGUUUAAUAUGUAAUGAACCAUUUCAACAACCAAUAACAACAUCUUGUGAUCAUAGUUAUUGUCAAGUAUGUAUUCAACGUUGGUUAGAUGAAGGUUAUUCAUCAUGUCCUGCAUGUCGUCAUCCUUUAUCAAUUAAUAAUUUAAAACCAGUUACAACUCGUUUAAUAUUAAAUAUUCUUGAUAAAUUACUUGUUAAAUGUCUUCAAUGUGGACAAACUGGAAUUCAACGUGGGAAUUUUAAUGAUCAUAUUACGAAAAUAUGUCCAAAAGGAAGUAUUGUUUGUUCAGCAUCUGAUAUAAAAUGUCCAUGGUCUGGUCAACGUGAUCAACUUCAAAAUCAUCUUAUCGAUUGUAGUUAUGAACAAUUAAGACCAGUCUUAAAUUCACUUAUUAAUACAAAUCGACAACUUGAACAACAAGUUCAAUUUCUAACAAAUCAAGUACAAACUUUACAAACAGCAGGUCAAUCUAUAAUAGAAUUGUAUGAAGAAGAUUAA